CACGACGGGUAGCCGCAAGAAGCGAGCCUCCACGCGCGUUCCCAUGGUCAUCGCUGGCAACAAAUGCGACAGGGAACAACGUGGUGUGACGUUAGAGGAGGUACAGAGCUUCGUCUCCUCGCUGAGCUGCUGCGCCUACGUGGAAACUUCAGCUAAGAAGGACAGCAACGUGGACAAGCUCUUCUACGAGCUCUUCGUCUUAGCAAACCUACCUAUGGAGAUGUCGCCAGCACUCCACAAGCGAGUGUGUCCCGGCCAGACGACGCAGGAGUGCGGCAGCAGUAGUGGUUCUCGGCACCGAGGCCUCUCCAUCCGCAGGCGGCUGAGUGAGGCUUACGGCAUGGUUGCUCCUAACGUCCGUCGGCCUUCUAUCCGCACUGAUCUCCUCAUCCUGCGAGCCAAGACAAGCCUCCACCUCAACGGCAUCGACAACUUCUCGGAGAAGAAGCCGCGGCGGGAGGUAUCUUGUGUCAUCCAGUGAGGCUUCUACGAGUCUUUGACUGGGGCUCUAGGAUAUCCUUAACGAAGGCAUUAGGUUCUUGCUCUAAGAAAAAGAGCCUAAGAUGUCCUUCGUAGAGGUAUUUCAGGGAUCUUGGAUGUCUCUAAAGCUCUCCUGAUAUGCUCUAGGACUGUCUUCCAGGUGGCAGUGGCCUGUCGACAGUUGUGACUUGGGGUGACGGAAUUUUUUUUUUUUUUUUUGGUCAUUCUCUGGGUCCUGUUUCUAUAAAAAUGAAAUAACGCUAGAAUAAAGACCAGCUGAAACAGUCUUGAUUCAAGUUGACUAUUUGUAAAAUAGUGCUUUUGGUAGCGAGAAAAAAAAGAUAAAACUUAUUAAAAAUAACACCAGAGUAGAUCGUUUAAACCAUAAUACUUAACACAGAUUAAACCAAAGAAUACGUUUUUUCCUCUUGUUGUAUGAAUGGCAGAUGAAUCUAUAUUUAUUAAUUUUUUUGCUAAGUGUAAUGUAUUGUCAAUAGUUAAAUAAUAUAACAUGUCUCUAAACAAGCCUGGCUGGC